AUGGCGGCAGUAGGCGAGGGCGAAGACAACAAGAGGCACCAGAAGUUUGUCCUUCCGGUCGUGAGCUCACCAUCCAACCUUGGUCCAUCAAGCCGGCACGGGCUUCCGAGCGAACCUGCCACGCCCAAAGCUUCGGUGCUCGUUCAAGGGAGGGCCGGCGGGCCGGUAGACCGCUACCGCGUUGCGUCUAAAAGGUUGUGUCGCGUGGCGAGCGUGUUUGGGUGGGCUGCUGUCGUCAUCGGGGCGGGCGAAACCGCCCUCGGCGCCGUCGUGUUCAGCAAAUGGCGGCGAGAGGGGGGCUGGUGGGCGGGUGUGCUAGCGGUCAUGCUGGGCAUGGCGGGCACGGGCAUUACCGCCGACACUCCCGUGGGAACUCCACUCGUGACGCGGUUGGUAUUCCUGGGCGUGGCGUCCUUGAUAACGAGCCUCGUCACGGCGCUCGCGCUUGAUGGCGCCAAAUGGCUGAGCAUAAAGGACGUGGAGAUGUGCGCUUCUGACGUCCGUUCCGUGUGCCAAGAGUGCACCUGCUCCAGCUCGAACCUACUGUGGGACAUGUGCUUCCCGCCCCUCAACGGUAGCUGCGGCGGGAUCGAAUUUGCCGCCGCGCCGCUGCUCGCGUCCAGCGUCGUCCUCCUCGCCCUGGCCCUAGUCUCCGCGGUUCUGCUUGCCACCGGCAUCAAGGUCAAGUUCCUCGGGGGCGGCGUGGAGGUCGGGGGGGAGGAGGCCCGGCCCAACCCGGCCAAGACGCCCGGGAAAAGGAGGGCCCCCUACAAGUGCGUCGAUGGUGCGGAGCCCCCUACCCCGGCCGACGUGCUGCAGCGGCGGCGACGGCAGCGGGAGCAGCAGCAGCAGCAGGAGGAGGAGGGAAGGACGCUGGAGGAGGUGGAGGAGGCAGCGGGGGGCGAGGAGGAGAGGAAAGAGAGUGAUACUGCUCCUACUGCUAAGAGGGAAUUCCUUACCGGGGCUGAGCCGUGGGCGGUCGGGUACGUGGACCGGCUGGCGGGGGGGGGCAACAAGAAGCGGCGGGAUGAGCUCAACAGCAAUCCUGGGAAGAAGGGCCAAGAUGACGGCGAGGAUGUAUCCCAGUAGCAGCUUUGUGACGUCCGUGGGCGGUGGUCACGGCGGCGAUUGCUCUCUCGGGGAACGUUUGGGUGGGCCUUUCCUGACGGCGUUGGGGGGGGAGGUGAAUGGUACGCCAUGGGUACCACCCUGGUGUGGGGUAGGUGAUCAAAGGUGCACCGUACAGCAUGGAAAUCCCUUGCCCAAGACAUGUUGGUGUAGAGCCUUGCGCUUGAUUAACGACGCAUUUUCACUGUCUUGGGGGGCGACAUUUUGAUGACGGUAGAUUGUACGUUGAAGGACGUCACGGUUGACAGCAUCGUUACGCGAGUAACUUCCGUGGGCCCUGUGGGGUUGGGGUGAUUGGGCGUUGUUGAGCCUGUCAUGUACUUGUUGUAUGGGUGUGCCUUGCAAGAGAUCGGCUUGUCGGAUUGAACCUGUAUUAAAGUUUGCGCUUGUGUGACAUUGCGUGUUUAUUCGCAGACGCACGGGAAGUAACAAGCCUAUCAUUCUGCAUGUUCUGAGGCUGCGUGUUUAUUCGCAGACAUACGGGAGUAUCGGAUCUAUCAUUCUGCACGUCAUGAGGUUGCGUGUUUAUUCGCAGAUGCACGGGAAGUAUCAAGUCUAUCAUUCUGCACGUUAUGAGGUUGCGUGUUUGUUUGCAAGGAAGUUGACUCACGGGAUUCAGUCUAUACCACCAUGGUAUGUUUUUCACGGGUAGUACUACGCCGUGUGAUGUCCGCGGAGAGGUGAUUGUACGGGAUUAUAUAACUUACCGUAUGAUUUGCGGUGCAACAAAAUUCCGUGUUUCUUUGCGGGAGAGGUGGAUUUGCAGGAUUACAACCAGAUUAAAAACAAUGGUGUCAUGCAUCCACCCGCGAGAAGUUUUGUGUUUUCUCGCGGAGGAAGGAUUGUGUUUUUCCUCGGAAAGCAUUGCGGUAGAACCUUGACUGAUCACAAAUAGUGGGGAGUGCCAGUCAUGACUGUGUACCGAAAAACGGGGAUUUUUAGUUCUGGGACCGGAUUGAGAAGAGAUUCACGUCGCGAUGGUUGUCAGGGGAGUGCGAUAAGGGAAACGUGUUAGUGUUUUUUCAUCCCGUCCUUGUAUGCAUAGGGCUCAGCACUUGUAGGCGGAGUGCACGUUUCGUUUCGGCUGUUUCGUCGAAAAGCGGCUGUUCACGCAGCACGGGUUGACUUUUCGCAUGUUGUGACGCACGUGGGCGACCCAUCAUCGAUCUUGAUCGUUUCUGGGUGCUCCCGAAGCUUGAGCCCUUUUGCAAGCAGCAGCAAGCACGAGUGUGUAGAGCGGGGCUAGCGUAGUGUAUGAAAGCAACGUCAGGGCAUUUCGCAGUUCGCGGUUGUGUCGUUGUAUGCUGUCGGAGUGAGCGCAUGCAUGGUGUCCGGUAGCCCCCUCUGGUUUUCACUGACAAUCUGAGGCAUGCAUCCCCGUCUUGGAUGGAAGUAACACCCCCACCAAUUUGUGUGACAAGGAUCAGCGCCUUUGGGGGCUUUCGUGGAAGUUUCCAGCCAAAGAUCCCCCCCCCCCCCCACACACACACACACCCGAUGCUUGUUUAUUUUUUUUCGAGGGCCCCAUGGUACGCGUAGCAGAUAAUCUUUUACGUGUCGGAUAGAAUGGGAAAUGAUCCAGUGCCCGUUUUUUUUUUUUUCCCCACGCGAGAGAAGAAAGCCAGUUUGUUGGGUGCAGCCCGAAUCCCAUGGAGAAGAAGUAACUUAAAACCAUUGUAUGAUUGGGACGCGUAACGUUGAAAAAUGUGGUGUGGAAGUGCUGCCGGAUCCGUUUCUUGUUUUGGAAUUUUCGGUACUAUAAUCUGUGUGUGCUUUUUGGCCCUCCAUGAGUGUUGAAGCCUGCGUCUUGAUUGCAUAGAUAGUAAGUUUGAGGUUUCCUCAGAUUUUCUCCCCCAAGGCGAAGCUUGGUCCGCAGAUUUGUGGGCGUGGGGUUGCCUUGUCUGGUGCCACCCAAGCGAAGCAGAGGGGGAGGGAAGGCAGGCAUGCUUCUAUUCCCGAUGCCGCCCUCCGGCGUUAGCUAGCGGGGGCUGGGAGAGAAGCGGCCCGUCAUGUAGGAACGGCGAUGUUGUCUAGAGGCAGAAGAAGUAGUGCCCCUUCUUGUUGCGGCAUAGAGACGCGUGAUGUCGAUCGAGCUGCAGCAAUUAAUUCAUUUUUGAGUCUGCCGUAUUGUCUGUCGAGUGUGGAGGGAUGUAGACGAAGCGGCGCGUCGCGUGUGCUUUGGCCGUCGGUUGUUCGCGUUGGUACAGUAGUAGUGAUGAUUACGAGGAACUCGUGCAUUUCGAUGCACCUUCAAUGGAAUCUUGCCGUUGAUGUUGUCGCCCGGCGGUGUGCGUGUGUGCCUGGAAUACUCCCGAAAUAAUUGGGUCGGUCGUAGGUCGUGCCAAGCGCGGCUUGCGCAGCGCGUGUUUAAGCGGGCAACAACGGGUGAGAAACAUAGACUUCUGUGGGGGAUGGGAUUUGGGGACGACUUUUCGGCCAGCGGGUUGAGUGCACUGACUGGUGGUUGCAUCACCAGGCGGUAAAAUGGACGAACGAAUCUGAUGCAUACUCGUGUUGUUGUGGUCUGGUUGUUUCGUGUUGGUUGGGGUCUGUCUCCGUUCUGCCCGUUGUCGGCGCGGAUAUAUAUCCGUUCUGGUGACGUCAUGCUGUUUGGCCUUCAAGUAUCGGGUUGGCGGCAUCAUGUACUACGGUCUUGUGGCCCGAUGCCGUUUUGACGGGUUUUCUUGUGUUGCUUUUGGCUUGUGCUAUUAUCGCCCUAAAAACCCGGCCAGAAGGACGGAGAGCGGGGAGGGAGGGAUCCGGUAAACCACGUUUUUGGUGUAACUUACAGUGUAAAGUACCAUUAUCGUAGUGCGGAAUUUCCUCUCGUCGUUCAAGCGGCUGCAGAGCAAAAUACCGGUACAUGUUGCGGUAUUCUUGGUGAGUACUAAAUAAACGUUCGCUGAUUACAUAUAUAUAUACCGUCUAUGUCUCAAGUUGUCGGCCGCGGCUCCUGUGGGUCUGAGAGUCGGGAGUCGAGUAGGGAGGGAGUAAACAUUGCUGUUGGAAGUAGAACGAACAUAACGCGACUACCAGUCUAAGGGGAAAUCACAUACUUCAAUAUCUAUGUGACCAACAGCCCGCAGCGUAUUGACUCGAUCGGCGUAGACUCUUGAUGUGUGGAGCGUCGUUCUCACCGGCAUACGUUGAAUAGAAAAGGUUUUGUGGCACGCAAUUCGGUGAUUGGUCAAAACGCCUGCCUGCGGCGGAAUUUCACAAAAACAGGCACGACCCAAGAUCCUUAGAUCCUUGGUCGAUGGGUGGCGUCGACCACGGUGGAAUCGAGGACGGCAACUUGGGAAAUCUUGGGAAAUCGUGUCUUCGGAUGAUGACCUUUUGUCAUCGUCCUGGCUGACAAGGAACAGGGGUGGAGAUGGAUCCGCCGACGGACCGAUCUCCGCGUGUGGUCUUGUUUGGGGAUGGAUGAUGGAUAUUUCUGAUCUAUCUAGGCCGGACGGAGAAUCCUCUCGCCCAUCAUCCUCGCCGUGGCUGAGAGAACCUUCCAAAAUACCCUACUGGCAUGCAGUUUUAUGCGAGAGAAUUCAGGAUGAUACAUAGAUAUGUCUUGAUCCACCCAGAGACACAAAGAAAGAGAGGAAAGGUUGGCUGUGUGUUACGGUUCGUGGCAAUAGUUCCACCGCACGAGCAUCCCCGCAGUGAGGCUACCGCAAUCUGCGGUGCCCUGCUGCCGGGAGUAGAGACUUGCUCACCGCUCCAAUAGCUAGCUACUCAAGUACGCCUUG